AUGUUUACACGGUGCCUUCAACUCAAGUUAAAUCAAAUUCGACAAUUCUUUUGGAUUUUACGAUCGCGUCAAGUCAUUAAAUCGGUAAUUUAUAAUUGCGUUACGUGUGUUCGUCUUAAAGCAACGGUUGCUGAACAGUUAAUGGGAUCAUUGCCGAUUAAUCGUGUUUCGCGUCCUUUAAGGCCCUUUUUACACGUCGGAGUGGACUACGCUGGUCCUAUUAAAUUAAAAUCACAAAAGGGUCGUGGACAUUCGUCUCAUAUGGCUUAUAUCGCCGUAUUUAUUUGUUUUGCUGUUCGAGCAAUCCACUUAGAGAUUGUCAGUGAUUAUACGUCAGAAGCUUUUAUUGCGACUUUAAAGCGUUUCGUAAGUCGUCGUGGAUUACCCCAAGUCAUUUACAGUGACAAUGGAACUAAUUUCAAGGGUGCUCAACGGGAACUUGAUGAAGUUUUUAAAUCGGUCGUUAAAUCGGCUGAAAUACAAUCAUAUGUAAUUAAUGAUAAAAUUCGAUGGGAAUUCAUUCCUCCAGCUGUGGCGCAUUUUGGUGGGAUUUGGGAAUUCGGCGUUCGUAGUGUUAAAUAUCAUUUGAGAAGGGUUUGA